ACAGAGCAUAGAAACACUUGUAGACAUAUAAAACACACACACCUCAUUGGAAAGAAGAGCAAAGAGAGAGAGAGAAAGAUCCAACUUCCACAAUAGAACCAUGGAAGCUGAAAAAGAAACUGAACAAGAAGGAAACAUGACAGCAAUGAAACUACCGACGUUACCAAUAAAACCCAACACUCAUAGCCACUCUAUGUCCUCACCUAUUCACAGUUCCAUAGCAGCUUCAGUCCCAUUCAGCUGGGAAGAAGAGCCUGGCAAACCCAAGAAACACUCUUCUUCUUCAUCUUCAUCUUCAUCUUCUUCUUCUUCUUCAUCCUCUUCCUCACCAUUAACUUCUUAUUCGUCAUCUUCUCUUCAAACCCACAAGUCCUUGGAGCUACCACCAAGGCUACUCACGAUUGAAAAAGAUGGAGGAUUAGUUACGAAACUGCAAUCUCCCAUCACAGUCUUUGAUGGACCUUAUAGCAUCACGAGAUCAAAAAGGAUGGAUUCACCUUCCUUUAGGAUGAUGGUGAAAAACAGUGGUGACUGUUAUGGUUCUUUCAGGAGUGACAUGAAUGGUGAUUUAGAGGAUGUAGAAGAAGACUUUAAGCAGCAGGACACGAGGAGUGACUCUGUGGCUGUUGUGAAGAAAAGAGGGAGAUUAGGGUUUUUUGGGUUUAGGAGGAGGAGAGCACUGAAGGGGAAAACAGAGUUUGGUAGAGGUAGUUAUGUGUUUCCAUCUUCCGAAGACAGAGAGAGUGAAUAUGGCAGAAACGAAGAAGAAGAAGGAAAAGAAGACAAAAGCUUUGGUUAUGUCGAUGUUGAUGGUAUUGGUAGCAGCCAAAGCAGCAGGUUUUGUGAAGCCAAGAUCUCAAGCAUUAGCAGAACAGGGAGCUUCUCUACUCUUCCUGCACCAUCUCCUACUUCUUCAAAGUCUCACUUUUGGACGAAUGUGUAUGCAGGACUAAAGCAAGUGGUUCCAUGGAAGAACAAGAAGACUACAGUUUGAGAUUAUGCCCCUAUCAAAGAUUUCUGAAAGACACAACACCAAAAAUCAAGAAAGCUUCUCUUGUUUCUACAAAGUUUCUUCAAACUUAUAUUUAUGAUUUUCUUUUUCAAUAUUUCCAAGAAAAUGACAUGACCAAUUAAACUAAAAUCAUUAUGAAGCCUAGUUUAUUUUUUUCAUGCUUGUUGAUGUUGUUGUGCUUGUAAUGUUUGAAUAUUCUUGAAACU